CCUUCUAAAUCGGGGACCGGACAGACCUAAUUCUGGUUAGGAAGGAAUUGGAAUUGAGAAUCAAUCGAAUCCGCAUAUAAAUACGUCUCUUUCAAUUUCAAACUUGAGAUCUUAUAAAUCAGAGAGCUUUCUGUCUGGUGGAUCGUAAAAUCAAAGCAGCCAAUUUUGGGCAUAGGAUUAUAUCUUCUGCCAUCUAUAUCUGGUUAAAAAGGAAUUCAGAAAGGAAUUGGAAUUGAGAGCAUAUAAAUACGUCUCUUUCAAUUUCAACUUGAGAUCUUGUAAAUCAGAGAGCUUUCUGUCUGGUGGAUCGUAAAAUCAAAGCAGCCAAUUUUGGGCAUAGGAGAAGGGUUCUUUGUUAAUUGGUUUUGCCCUAGCAAAGAAGAUGGACAAAUCACUAUCAAACCGUCUUGAUGACAAUUCAGUAGAGAAUAUCCUUGUCCGCCUUCCCGUCAAGUCUCUUGUGCGUUUUAAAUCUGUAUCCAAAACAUGGGAGUCAUUCAUUGAGGAGGAUUCAUCUUUCAUAGAGUCGCAUCUAAGUCUAUCAAAAGCACAUCCUCAACUUGUCAUCUCCAGGUAUAACGGCAAGACCGUACAACUCUUCUCACCUAAGGAUGGGUUUCAAGGUGGAGAGGCUGUUCAUAGAGUCACACUUCCAUGGGUACUUGACGAAAAUGUACCACGGCCUAUACAUGGCUUGUUCUGUUUUAUUGACGAAUCAGAUACUGCUACUCGCAUUUACAACCUCGGGACUCGACAAGUUACUCCGUGGGCACAAACGGCACCGGUGCCGUUACAGUGGAUGAGUGCUUUCGAUGUUAUGAAGACGCCAACUUAUGGAUUUGGGUUUGAUCCUUCGACUAAAACCUACAAACUAGUAUAUGUCCUGGAGAUACCCGAAGACUAUUUCUCAACAAGUUCGAAACUCCAACUUAUAUGCCAAGUUCUUACCGUGGGACGACGAGGAAAUCAAUGGAGGAAUAUAGAUGAGGUGCCGCCGGUUCGGUUGUUUGAAUCUGCUGGUGUUUAUGCAAAAGCUUCAAUCUACUGGAGGAACGACGGUGCAGAUAGUUUCACACCUCCGGAUAAGGAGUUGAUUGUGGCAUUUGAUGUUGGAAGCGAAAAGUUUAGAGUCAUUCAGAUCCCAGACUUCAUCGUUGGUCCUCCUGAGAUUUUAGAAGAUUGUGCAAAGCGGGAUGAAAAGUUCACAGUAACAUCAAUAGAUGGACACGUGGCUUUAAUUGACAGGGUAGAUGCCUGUGUCGUAAAGUUAUGGAUAUCUGAUGAUGACAGUUCCAACGUGGAGAAGAAGAUGAGAACAACAAAUUGGAGCGAGGAAACCAUAUUACUUCCAUGUUCGUUCAAAGAAGAGAAGAAUCUUUAUGUUCAUCCAGUCCAAGGGACAGACGAGAUAGUCAUACAAACACGUAUCCAGGACGAUAUGCAAAUCCCGAGAGGAUCUGUUAGUCUAAAUAUCUAUAAUCGGAGAAAGAAGAGUUUUCAAAUGAUUGACAUCACCGGUAUAACACCGUUAUUGAGAUAUCCGUAUGAUUAUAAUGUGCACUGUGUUAAUGAAAGUCUUCUACCUGUUGAAGAUGCAGAAAAGAAGCCAAUGGUUUAAAGAUGGAAGACACCGUAGACAAAACUGUUGGAUGGUGCUCCUUCUGAUUUGAAAUGUUUAAUUAAUUUUUUCUCUUUCGGUUUGUAUUACUCACUGCACUUUUGUCAUGUUUAAUUAGAAACAUUAGUUUUUUCCUUU